AUGAGUACAGCUGAUUCUAAAUUUCAUGUUCAAAGUCGCCGAAGUAUCUGUCGAGAAUCUAUACCUGCUUUAUAUGAUAAAAUGAUUCGUGAAUUGAAAACAAUAUGUACAACUGCUGAAUUUAUCUCAUUAACGCUAGAUAUCUGGACUGAUCGGAGAAUGAGACCAUUUUAUGCUGUAACUGGUCAUUCAAUCAUUGAUUGUGUUUUUAAAUCAUAUGUUCUCUCAUUUUUGUCAUUAACAGGUAGCCACACUGGUGAAGCUUUGCUAAAUGAAUUUGAAAAAAUAAUUUCAUCAGAUUAUAAUAUUGAAAACAAACUUGUACGACUGGUAACCGAUAAUGCUGCUAAUAAUGUCAAAGCAUUUAAAAGUUUGAUAGUUCCUAGUUUAGAGCAUUAUUUUGAAGGUGAUGAAGAUGAUGAUGAUGAUGAUCGGAUAGAUGAGGAUGAUUCGGAAACAGAUGAAAAUAAUUUAAAUGAUAAUAUUCAAAAUAUAUUUAACACAUUGGCAAAUGAUAAUUCUGUUAAUUUAUUACGUAUUCCGUGCUUUAGUCACACUUUACAACUUGUAGUGGCUGACGGUUUAAAAGAGUCAAGCUGUGCUCGUUCUUCGUUGGUUAAAGUUGCUAAAAUAGCGAAAUACUCGCAUCAGAGUAGCAAAUUCGCGGAAAAUUUGGAAGCCAAUAAAUAUUCAAUACCGGUUGCUUGUAAAACUCGUUGGAACAGUCAAUACAAUACUGUUAUGAAAAUAAUUGAAAUACCAGUUAAUGUAUUAAAUGAAUAUUUGAACCACUGCAAUAAGGAUGAAUUAUGUUUAACAUCAAGAGACAUUGCAAUACUGCGUGAACUCCUCUCGUUGUUCGCACUUUUUGCCGAAGCAACUGUACGGGCUCAGGCACAAAAUUCUCCAUCGAUAAGUUUGGUCGCACCUAGUCUUCUUGGUAUUUUUUUCGAUUUGGAAAAUGAAUUGAAAAAUUGUUGUAUUUACACGUCGAGUUUAUAUAAGGUAUUGAUAACAUCGUUAAAAGCUCGCUUUGGAGGUCUUUUCGAAAGAUUCGAUAUUUCCAUCGAAAAUAUGGUUAAAAAAAAAGAUACGUUUCACCUUUUUAAAGAUGAUUUUUUUUAA